AUGGACGAUGUCCCAUCAAUACUACCCGAUGGGCGACUCGGGGAAUCGUUCAAUGCCCCAGUCUUCGAAGAAGAAGCUUUCCUAUCGCCAGGAACAUUCUCCAGUGCGGACGAGUACGCCGCAAACCCGCGCUUCCUAGAACUACAAGAGGAACUGCGUUGCGUACUUUUCAGCGCAGUAGCUAGUCUUGAUCCAAGCAGCUACACAUCUCCUCCCUCUGAGCCACUUGAAGGGACAGCAGGGACCGCGAGAACAUCCCGUCAAAACCUAGACUUCACCCGGGUAUCCAUACCGAAAAUUCGUCUAAUUCACUAUCUCAAAAAUUGGAUCACCGAAUGUGCGCCAUACCUCGACAAAUUCGACGAGUCGCGUCAUUUCGGUGUUCACAUCCCUAUUUUGGCGCAACGGUCGCCUGCGCUAUUUUAUGCUAUCUUGGCCUUUUCCGCCCGCCAAACGGAGCGGAAGGCAUGUCUAGAUAAGGCGUAUGAUAGUCUGGAGCUGUAUCAGGAAUCUAUUCGUCUCCUUGGCCCAUGUCUCCAAGCCAAGGACCCGAAUGUGCUGGCAACAGUGUGUAUCCUCGCCGUCAUGGAACUGAUGUCCGUCAGUCCGCGCGACUGGCGCCGCCAUGUCGAGGGCUGCGCUGCUCUUUUCGAUUCUUUCAAUGUGAAUGGAUUAUCAGGGGGUCAUCUACAAGCUGUGUUCUGGUGUUACGCGCGCAUGGAAUUAUGUGGAGCGAUAAUCUCCAACGGCGCAGAAAGUACAGUGCUUCCGCUGGAAAAAUGGGUGCCUGCCAUGCCUGAAACCGCCACACCCACGGAACGAGAUAAUAUGAUUCGAGAUUCCUUUUGCCAGAAGGGAGUUAUAUCUCCAGAUAUGCACGCUAACUGGGCUGUCUACCUAUGCGCGAAAACAUGUGAUCUCUCCUGUCGACAGACCAGAUACGUCGAGCUGGGCGAAAUGGUUGAAGACCCACGUCCAUUUACCGAACGAUGGACCUGUCUAUGGAACGAAUUGCAAUACUGGCUUGAACAACGACCCCCGGCCAUGUUACCCGUCAAAACGACGGGGAUAGGGGGCGGUCAGAUCUUCCCGGAGAUCCUCUUCGCGCACUGGGCUGCUAUCUCGGGAAACCAGUUGUACCAUGCCGCCUGCAUUAUAAUGCUUGAUAUGAAGCCCCCGGAACAUAUUGUACCUCCGUCUAGACCACAUUACUCAUCCAUCUGGCAUGCACGGAGGGUUUGUGGAAUUUCGCUUACGAAUCCGCACAGUGGCAAUUUGAUUAACGCUAUCCAGCCGCUGUAUAUUGCGGGCAAACUUCUUAGUCACCACAGUGAACAUGUUGAGGUGGCGAGGCUUUUUAAGAUUGUUGAGGAGACGACUGGCUGGGGUGCGCUUUGGAGACUAAAAGAUUUGGAACGGGCUUGGGGGUAUGAGCCUGGUGAGAUAUUAUCAGCGAUUUGA